AUGUUUUUUUUAGAAUCUUUCCAUUUUAAAAAAACAGAACCUAAAUUUUUCAGCAUAUUGCGAUUAUUGAUUGCUGUUGUCUUUUCAUGUGUUCUUGUUUAUUAUGGUUGGAAUUCAUUUAGCGAAUUCAUUUCUGAAAUUAAUACUAAAAAAUUGAUAACAAUUUCAUAUCCAGAGUUUGAAAUUUGUUCAAGAACUUUAAACAAUUACGACAACAAUUCAUCAUUAAAAAUAUCGGUAUACAAAUUAUACGCAAUAAGUUCACAAUUGUAUAUUCCUAAAAAUUAUUCUUUCUAUGAUAAAGAUAAUGACAAUAAAACUAUGAAGGAAUUUUAUCCAAACAUGAUAAACGAUUUAUACAACAAUAAUUCAAUUCCUAGAAGUACCGAAUUUUUUACUAAUGUUACUAAUAGUUGCAUGAAAUUUACCCCUGACAAUGAAAACGUCAAUCAUAAAUUUAAUAAAAAACUUCUCUUUGUUCUUGAUUUAGAUAAUUCGACAAUUUAUGAUUAUUUCGAAAUUAGUUUUAAAUCAUUUACCAAAAUUACGAUGUAUAAUGAUAUUAUUGAGAUGAAAUUAAUUCUUAACCAAUACUUUAUUACUCCAGGACAAUAUCAUGUGUAUGAUUUUUAUUACAAAAGUAUGAAAUAUUAUUCUUCAUAUCUUACUGGAUUUCUUGGUUUUGAUGCAGGUAGAGAUAGAAUGGAUAUUGUAAUUAAAGAAAAAAUACUUGCACAAAUACCGAAUGCUUUCACUGUGUUAGAAUUGUCACAGAAAUAUAAGUUCGUAGUUGAUGAUGAUAUUAUGACAUUUAAAAAUGACGUUAAAAAACUUAUAGAAAACUUUGGUGGUUUUUAUAGUGUUAUAAGCGGGAUAUUUGUUUUACUAUUUGGAGCAUCAAAACUUUCUCCAUGGGGAAUUUGUCAAACACACUUGUUAAGUUGUUGGCCACUUCGUCGGAGGUUAAAAAAAUAUUUAGCAAAUAGAUACGUCUCUCGUGGAGGAAUACCAUUAGUAGAAGAUCCACGUAAACUGCCACCAGACGGUAAAAUUGAAGAUAGAGUAGCCGUAUUAGAAAUUUUGUUAAAAGAGUAUUAUAUUGAUAGUGAUUAUCUAAAUGAGUUAGGAAAAACACGUAAAAGAUAUGAAAAACAUUUAAAUAUUCGUAAUGAAAAUUUAGAGCUUUUAGGUGACAAAAACGAUGAUGACUAUAAUGAUGAUAAUAAUAUAGUUUAA